AUGGACGGGCAGCAGAUCCAGGUGAGCGACGAAGAGAGAGAAGUCUUGCGAGAAGAGAGUCGUCGGAGGAGAAGAAAGAAAGCUAUCACGUCGUCCACCGGUGCCUCUAUGGAUCAGAUCAGCGUUGAGUUCGUCCUGCCUACCGUGGCGCGCGGCGGAAACAGCCCUGACACUGUGCAGCUGGAUGUCGCUGGAAACUGGACGGUGGAACAGGUGAAAGCUCAGGUGUGGUUGAAAGCAGUGACUUCAAACCUCUGUCCUGAAUUCUACCAGCGCUUUUCUCCUGACCACUGCAUCCUGCUCUACCAGAAGAAAGGCAACUUGUGCGAGAUCUACGACAAGCACCAGGUCUUCCAGACGCUGGAUUGCAUUCGCUACUGGAGAGCCCUGAAGAAAGACAUGGGGCGGAUCCAGCUGGUGCCUCGUCCACAGCCCUCAGACGAGUCCCUGCAGUACCAGCGCUACCUAAACUACUUGAUCGGCUACGAUGUGACUGAUGUCAGCAACGUGCACGAUGAUGAGCUGGAGUUUACCCGCAGGAAGCUGCUGACGCCCAGACGCAUCGAGCUGUCUGAACGCGACCCCAAACUCUACUCCAUGGACCCCUGGGUGGCCCGCAAGACGUUGCCUGAACACCUGCGCAGCAAGGUCAGUAACGGACACAUCCUGGUGGUGAUCCACAUUGGCACAGCCAGCCAGACCAUCAAGGUCUUAAUUGACGACACACCGGCACAGGUUUUGACCAGCUUCUUCACCAAGACAGCAAAUAAAAGACUUCUGCUUGGCAUCCCUGACAACAUGUGUGAGACGGACUUUGUGCUGCGUGUGUGUGGCAGGGAGGAGUACCUGUAUGGGGAGAAACCACUGCAGAAUUUCAACUGGAUCCGUCAGUGUCUGAAGAACGGCGAGGAGAUCCACCUGGUUAUGGAGAAGCCGCCUGAUCCUGACCUGAACCAGGUCAAGAAGGAGGACUGGGCACAAGUGGAUGACUGCACUGGAGUCGCAGGUACCCAUGAGCAGUUGACGAUCGAUGAGAAGGACCAUGAAAGAGUGUUCACUAUCUCCAUGUGGGACUGUAACAGGAAGUUCAGAGUGAAGGUGCUGGGUAUUGACAUCCCAUCACUGGCCAAAAUCCCAGAGUUUGUUGUCUUCAUAGAGGCCAGCAUCUUCCAUGGUCAGCAGCUUCUAGCCCAGGAGAGGACGUCCUCCAAAACCUUCAAUGAAGAAGUGUUGUGGAACUGCUGGUUGGAAUUUAACAUUAAGAUCAAGGACCUGCCUAAGGGGUCACGACUCAACCUCCAGGUGGUGUGCAGGAAGCAACCUCAGACACCAAACUCCAAGACAAGCGCCUACCAGGAUAAUUCAGCAGGAAGUGGCAGCCAUGAUGGAAAGACCAAGAGUCGCCUUCUGUAUUACGUCAACCUGCUGCUGAUCGACCACCGCUCCCUGCUCCGCCAGGGCGAGUUCAUCCUCAACAUGUGGAAAGUGCCGGAGAAGAGCGAGGACAGCAGCAGUAGCAUCAACGCGGACAAGCUCACCUCGGCCACCAACCCUGACAAGGCCUCUUCCAUGGCCAUCGCCAUUUUGCUGGACAAGUACUGCUACCCCGUGGUGCUGCCCAAGAGCCGUGACGUGAGCCGGGAUAUCGGGGCUAGCGGCGAGGAAGCUGAUGGAGGCGAGCGAGGUCAGAGAGAGAUGCCCAACCACCUGAAGAAACAGUUUGAGGCCAUUGUGGCGACUGACCCCUUGCAUCCACUCAGUCCUGAGGACAAAGAGCUGCUGUGGCACUUCAGGCAUGAGUGUAUGCGCGACCCCAGGGCCUACCCGAAGCUGCUAGGCUCGGUCAGGUGGGGGAAACAGGAAGAUGUUUUGGCAACACACCGUCUGUUGGAGCGCAGCCAUGCAUGGGACACCAGCGGUCUGGAUGUCGGUCUGGCCAUGCAGCUGCUCGACUGCCACUACUCAGACGCUCAGGUCCGCUCCAUGGCUGUCAGGAAGCUGGAGACGCUGGAGGAUGAUGACGUGCUCAGAUACCUUCUGCAGCUUGUACAGGCAGUCAAGUUUGAGCCCUAUCACGACAGCGCACUAGUCAGGUUCCUGUUGAAGAGAGCUCUGAGGAGUAUGCGCAUAGGUCAUUUUCUCUUCUGGUUCCUGCGCAGUGAGAUUGCUCAGUCCAAACAUUACCAGCAGAGGUAUGCUGUCCUACUGGAGUCCUACCUCAGAGGCUGUGGUGAAGCCAUGCUGCAGGACUUCAGGAAACAGGUGGAGAUGACUGAACAUCUUCAGAAAGUCACCAAAGAGAUCAAGGCCAUGUCUGCUGACAAGUAUGACAUCACACCACAAGUGGUGUUUCAGUUGCGUCAGAAGCUGGAGACGCUGCAGUCAUCUGGUCUGCCAGAGGGUUUUAGGGUCCCUUAUGAUCCUGGACUAAGAGCCGGAGCCCUGCUGAUCGAGCAAUGUAAAGUGAUGGCAUCUAAGAAGAAGCCGCUGUGGCUGCAGUUUAAACGGGCCGACCCCACCACUUUGUCCAAAGACCCCAUCGGCAUCAUCUUCAAGGAUGGAGAUGACCUCAGACAGGAUAUGCUUAUCCUGCAGAUUCUGCUGAUCAUGGAGUCAAUCUGGGAGACCGAAUCCCUGGAUCUCUGUCUGUUACCCUACGGCUGCAUCUCCACCGGCAACAAGAUAGGUAUGAUUGAGAUUGUAAAGGACGCCAACACCAUCGCUAACAUCCAGCAGAGCGUCGUGGGAAGCACCGGAGCUUUCAAAGAUGAAAUUCUUUGUCAGUGGCUGAGAGACAAGUGUGUCAGCGAGGAUAAGUUCCAGCAGGCUGUUGAGAGGUUUCUGUAUUCCUGUGGAGGUUACUGUGUGGCUACUUACGUCCUGGGUAUCGGUGAUCGCCACAACGACAACAUCAUGAUCACCGAAUCUGGGAAUCUUUUCCACAUCGACUUUGGUCACAUCUUGGGGAAUUACAAGAGCUUCAUGGGAAUCAGUAAGGAGUGGGUUCCCUUCGUGCUGACGCCAGACUUCCUGUAUGUCAUGGGAACAUCGGGAAAGAAAAGCAGCCCCCACUUCCAGAAGUUCCAGGAUGUGUGUGUUAAAGCUUACCUCGCACUUCGGCACCACACCAACCUCCUCAUCAUCCUCUUCUCCAUGAUGCUGAUGACCGGCAUGCCUCAGCUGACCAGCAAGGAAGACAUCGAGUACAUCCGGGAGGCGCUGACUGUCGGUCGCAGCGAGGACGAGGCACAGCGACACCUGCUGGAUCAAAUCGAGAUCUGCAGGGAGAAAGGCUGGAUGGUCCAGAUCAACUGGUUUGUUCACCUGGUGCUGGGGAUUAAGCAGGGUGUGGAAAAGCGGUCCACUUAGGACUCAGUGUAAGUUAGGAGGGAAAACAUUUUAUCUUAAGAUUCUCUUUUGUUUACUUUAUGUAAAUAAUACGGUCAAGUCUGGAAAGCUAUCGAAAUUACAGGCAGGUUGUGAACCAUUUGCACCAUUUUUCAUUAACUCCAAUACCUGCAAACAUAAAUUUUGUAUUUUAGACUACCUAGACUCUCAAAUAUGAAUAGAUGUUUUUAUGAAACCUAAUGAAAGCAUUUGAAUCACUAAAAGGAGGCGAGAUGUGACAUCAAAACCAAUCGUUUUAGAUCUAGAAAAAGACGGAUAUCACACCAGAACUACAUACAGAAGGAUCUGCAAAGAGUGAAUGACAUUGAGGAUUUUAACCUGUGAUACUACAUGUAUGCAGAUUUGUCGUCAAAGAUGCUCUGUGCUUAAUUAAAUGUAUUUAUAAUGAUUAUUUUUGGAUAGUGACGACAUCCAGAGCAGAAAAUACUCUACACGGAGGAGUGACUGUUAAAUAUAGUCUCCAUCAAACAUCAAGUUACACCCUGCUGACAGAGUUCCCUUUCAUUUUAAAAGACUUAAAUGAUUCAUUCAUUAAAUCUUAAAUGCAGAUUGCAGGUUUUCAGGUUUUAAAACGGCUAAUGUUAGAUUUUAGUUAAUAACACAUUUUAAAAUUAAAAGACAAUUUACUAUAGUAAAUCUGUUUUGUAUGAGUACGGAACUGGAUCUCUACAGUCUUUGUUAUCAUCCAUUUUCACUCAGACUACUUCCUGUUUCCAGUUCUCGCAUUCAAAGUCGUCUUCUGCUGAGGAAACACAUUUCUCAGACAUUUCCUUUUACGUUAUUGGCAUUUAAAGACAUUUAAUCAAACAUGAAGUUGAUGUCACUGUUUACAGAAUCCUUGCUGAAGUAGCGCCGCGCUGUCCCUCUAUCCUCAGAGGAGCUGUUAGAAUGAAGAAUUAAAGGAUCAGUGUGGUAAAUAGCUGAUGCCAAUUUUACAGUUACUUAAAAUAUAUAACAGUCGUGGUCAGAGAUUUGACAUAAUGUGUUAUUAUUGAAGUGUUCAAGAUGAGAGUUUUAUUAUUUAUACAUGAAGAUUUUUAUUUGCACAGAGUGUGUGACAUUUAAAUUCCAAAAAUAUAUUUAAAAAUGUUUAAUUUAACUAUGCAAAAAUUAAAAAGGUGCUACAUUGGCUUGUUGUUGACAUUUAGCGCUUGCUGGUCAGUGCUGGAGUCACGUCAGCCAAUCAGAAGUAACCACGCAGGUCAGUUCUGGCUCAGUGGGUUUGAAGAUGAAGGAUUUUUUUUUUGUCUAAUGAUUUACAGCAUUUCAAUGACAUCAUGUUGAGAGAUAAAAGCCCUCAUAAAUCUGCACAUGGAUCACUCCUUAAAAAUUUCUAUGUGAGGUGAUUACAUCUUAAUAUGCUGUUGUUGUUAUUUUCUUCAGUUUUUUUGUCUUUUUGACCAAUUCACACCUUCCAAGUUGUAGAUAAAAAGCUACAAUAAGCAAUCUGAGAUCAGUAUUUCCUUAAUCUGAUAUCACUUCUAAUCAGGAUUCCUGAAAGUGAAAUGACUGGAACAUGUUUGCUUUUCUAUGUAUCAGUAUCAUAAAAUUAAAGUUAUAUACUAUAAAUACUCCUUUGUGGUUCCUCUUUCACCUGUCAGACUUACAGCUUGUUAAUAUUUCACCGUUCAGUUCAUUAUUAUUUACAUUCCUCUUUCCUUCAUCUUCCAUCAAGUCUCUAUCUUUUAUUUAUUUUUACGUUUGUUUUUUAAGCUAGUUUUUAUUCUAACUAUUACUAAACUCUUUUCUCUUAUUAUUUUAUUUUUAAUUGUUUUAUUAUAGGUCCUAAAUCUUUUUUAUUACAUUUUUAUCAUUCUUAUUUUCUCUCAUGUUCAUUGGUCUCAAAUUGUUCCGUUUUUGUUCCUUCUCUUUAUGUUGUCCUUGUUCUGUCUUAUUAUCAGCUUGUCAAUCAACUGUGAAGCACUUUUGAACUACAUUAACCUGUGUGAAAGGUGCUAUAUAAAUAAAGUUUGA